AUGCAGAUAUGGGAUGGCAAGACAUGGCAGAAGCUUGCAGACAUCCCCAAGCCGCCUCUGUGGGAGAUUGACAACUUCGGCCGGCCGUUUGUCUUCAAGCCUCCUCUGGAAGAGAUGGGCCUCGUGACCACCACCAGGCCUCCAGAGCAGCAGCAGGAGGCAGAGGAGGACUUUGUGAACCGGUUCGGGAUCAGCCUUCCGGCCCUGGUCUCCAUCUGUCUGGGUGUUGGCAUCUGUGGCUUGCUUUGCCUCUGCGUGCUCUGUCCGAUCCUUGCCAGUCCUCGGACGCUGAAUAUCUUCCGCAUGAAUGCGCCCGAGCGCAUGGAUGCGAAGAAGAUGAAGCAGUUGGACAGCAUCUUGAAGAUGAAGCGGGAGGUGAAAAACUUGGAAACCCAGGUCCAGGAUCACGCGACCACGACAGACGAUUGGGGCAUGUCGCACAAGGUGCAAAGCGAAGAGCAGAGAAUGCUCGAGCGACAGCUGGAUCGCAAGAGAAAGCAGCAAGCCAAGAUGGAAAGAACUGCCGAAUCAGGUGAGCAAAAGGAAGUCAAGAAAGAAGAGCAAGUGCAAAGGAAAAGAGCCGACGACGAGCGAUAUCGUCGCAUGAAGGAGGCCUACCGGCCCAAGACCAUCGCCGUGGAUGGCGUGGCGCUGCGAGCCCCGGAGUCGGUGCUCCUGGAGCUGGGUUUCGAGCCGGAAGCACUGGAGGCUUUCUCAAUGCCAGGCUUUUCCAGCAUGGACGCUGACGGAAACCUCCUGGCAGCGCCCGAGGAUGAGGACGAAGAGGAGGAGGCCCAGGAAAAUGAGGACGAGACUGGUCCUCCGCCGCCUCCGGAUGAUGAGGCGUCAGAAGAAGCCUUUGACCUGGCUGCCCUCCAGGAGGCGGCUCGGAACGCCAAGUUCGACGAUGCGGCGCUGCGCAUGCCUCCCGAGCUGGACGAGGCUCCAAACAUUGCCAGGGAGGGCGCCGGCCUCAAGCGCCGAGGGGCCAUGGCAGGUCCCAAGGAGGGCCAGCCCAUGGACGCAGAGCUGCUAAAGCGCGCUCAGCGGAAGGCUGCUGGCCUCAAGGCCAGCGAUGCGUGGACCUGCUUGGCCUGCGUUGGGCUUCCGGGCUUCGGGCUGAUCUCAUCGUUCGUUUGCGGAGGUGGUGUUCCCUUGUGUGAUCAUCUGCUGAAAAGUGAGCAUGUUCGACAGGUCGGCGCCGAAAUACACGAAGAAAACGAGGCGGAAUUGGCAGUGCCAUCACUUGUUCAACGGCUUUUCCGGUGGGUGCAGCACCCCGGAGCCGUUGACAUUCUUGGGGAGUCUGCUGUGGAAGGUGGACAAGUGGAUCGGACCUGGCUCAGAGCCGAGCUCAUCGAGGCCCGCCGGCCGGACACUUCCCGCAGCCAAGCGAGCAACGCUCAGCUGCUGGACUGGGAUGCACUGGACGUGGACAAGGAGGCGCUGAAAAAGGAGAAGAUAAGGGAACAGGUCAAGGCCACCUUGGCGAAGCAGCGGCUCCGAGCCAUCACAGAAGGUGACAAAAAGGACGCCGCAGCCGCGGCAGAGUCCGACGACUCGCAGGACGAGGCCGGCAAUGGAGAUGCGGGGGACGUCGAGGUGAAGUUGGGGCGAGCUGCUGCGCCCAUGGCAGAGGGUGCCCUGAUGAGCGUCUUCGUCAAGAAGGAGCCGGUCAAGGCCACACGUGAGGCCCGUGAGGUGCAGGAGCCCGUGGUAGAGCCCGAAGAGCUGGCGCUGCCCGUCCCCGUUCCCGAGGUCCAGGCAGCUGGGGAUGCCCACGAAGCGGCAGCUGCCAGCAGCGCCGCGGGAUCGCAGCAGCCGUAUCAGGGCAAGGCAGACCGUUUAUCGGAGCUCCCUGGAUGCGCCGAUGACACUGACCAAAGACGGCUUGCCAUGGGGCCGCUUCCACUCGACGAAGCCGCACUACCGGACUCCGGAGGAGAAGGCAGAAGCCGUCAAAUCUCAGAAGCAGAUGGGCUUCUUCCAGCGGAUGUUCGGCGGCGGUGGGGACGAAGCCGACGACCUCGAGGUGGUGGAAGAGCCCGGGGCCGGAGCAUCAAAGCCUACGAGCCCCUGAUACCGAGCGGCGCGCGCUCGGCUCAGACAGCCGCGAAGCCGCAAAGCCGGAAGGCGGCUCACCGCGACGGCCGACGGGGCGAAACCAGUCUUGUCUUCGUGAUUUCGCCCCUUCGCGCCGAGCCGUCUGCCAAGCGGGCUUCGAGGGAAAGUGCGGCAGACUUGUCCAUUAGUGUAGUGAUAGUAGCCUACUUUCGUCGUUCACCUUAA